AUGUCUAGUGACAACAAAACCCUCAGCUCUGAGCACGUGGAAAGCAUCUCGCCUGCAAAGGGCGAUCAAGCUGCCGAUGCAGCCCACCGAGCAAUGUUGAUCGUUGACAGCGAGAUGAAAAUGAGCCUGGGUGCCAAUAUCCUCCUGCAUAAAAGGGCAUUCUUUUACUGUAUUUGUGCUAGCACAGCUUCGGUGUUGUUUGGUUAUGAUUCCGUUGUCAAUGGCGCCUCAGUCGCCAUGCCCGCGUUCUUCAUAUACUUUGGUGCUGUGGACUCUUCUGGAUACUAUAUCCCCUCAAUGUGGUCUUCGCUUUGGGGCGCCAUGUCUGUCCUCCUACAGGCAGCAGGUGCUUUCUUUGCUGGUUAUACUGCCGAUAGAUAUGGUCGCAAAUGGGCAGUUUGUACAUUUGCAUCACUCACAGUUGUUGGAACAGCAGUCCAAUUCACCGCCGUCAGCCGUGGUGCAUUCCUUGCCGGGAAAACGAUCAAUGGUUACGGCAUUGGUGCUGCCGUAGCCGCUGCGACAACUUACGCAUCGGAGAUUGCCCCUCUCAAGCUUCGAGCCCCCGUUCAACAAGCGCUGGUCAUUGGUGGCAUUUUCAUCCUUGGACUAGGAAUGGGCAUUAUUCGCAUAGUUGUCCCGAAUGUACACGAGUCGAGCUUCCGAACUGUUAUCGCCGUUGACAAGAUUGAAGCUGCCCGCAAAGCCAUGACGAGACUAUACGUCAUCGCUGGUCUUGCUGCCAUUCAUUUCUUCGACAUCUCCAUCGGUGGAUUUGGCCUCUCCAUUAUCAUCAUCAUCACUACCUGGGCAUUCGAGGGCAAGUUUCAACAUCGCAAUGCUUUCAUUCUGGGCUGCGUUAUCAAUUGCGUCUUCAUGAUGACGAUCGGAGCCCUCUAUUAUGUACCUGGGACUGGCGCCCUUUGGGGAAUUGCUGUAUUGAUGAAUGUGCUCAUUGGGUUGCAGUCCAGUCUCUUGCAAGGCAUGGCUUACCCAAUUGCCGCCGAGGUAUCCAAAUACAAGUUGCGAGCAAAGACUCUCUCUAUUGGUAACAUUUCACAGACCCUACUCGCUUGGGUUUUUGAUUUCGUCACGCCAUACAUGUUUAAUGUUGAUUCUGGGGACCUACUUUCUCGCACAGGAUUUGUCUUUGGCUCUUUUAGCUUUGUUCUGCUCUUUGCCGCCUACUUUAUUGUGCCCGAAACAGGAAACCUCACUGCUGAAGCAAUUGAUGCGGCCUUUGAAAUGAAGGCACCUGCGCGCAAAUUCCAAAAUCUCCCUCGCGGCGCGACUGAAUUCCAACGUGCCCCGGAAAUUUGA